GCCCAAACACAGACUCCCAUAUGUACCGGCGACUCGAAUCCGGCGGUCAGUUUUGGAGUCAGCUCUGUGGCUGUGACGGAGGACCUGAUGACCUUGGUCUACACCGACUCGACAGCCAAUACGGUUGGCUUCGUGGACAUCACGGAUGCGUAUAAUCCAGUGGCACUUUCCGUAGUCACGGCUCCGGCAGAGGGGACAGCCCCGGACCCGAUUACUCAGACUAUACCGUUGGACGUCGCAACGAAGGGCUCACGCGCGCUGGUGGUGGCAAAACAAGACGGCGGCCAGGAUGGCUAUCUCCUUGUCUACCACGCAUCUGACCCAUCCUCUCCAUCUUUGGAGAGCACUGAACUUCUGGGUGGUGAGCCAGACAGCAUUGCCGUUAGCCCCGACGGCAAGUUUGCACUCGUCACCAUCGUUACCGCUACUAACGGUGACCCGGGCUUUCUGCUCCAGUUCGACAUCACAAGCGACAGCCCGACUAUGUGGUCUUCGGAGACCAUCCCGCUGACGGACCUCAACAACAUUGACGAGGCAGAGAAUCCAAGGCCAACACAGGUGAGCAUCCGUGCAGACAAUGUGGCGGUUGUGACUCUGCAAGCGAACAACGGAAUUGUCUUGGUGGACAUGAAGCUUCCGCUUGUAGACAGAAUCAUCGCCAGCUACACAGCCGGCAUGGAAAGCCUAACGAACGUCGAUCUGGAGGCCAACAACAAGAUCACCCUGGACGACUCGACGCAAGAAGCCCUCCCCAGGGAGCCCGAUGGCGUGGUGUGGCUCGGCAAGAAGUCGCCGUUUUACGCCACCGCCGAUGAAGGAGUACCUGCAUCAGGGGGCACCAGAUCCUUCACGAUCUUCAAUGAGAGCGGGGAGGUGGCCUUCACCUCCGGCAACUUGCUGGACCAACUUUCUGCGCGGCUGGGGCACUACCCGGAUGCACUCUCCGAAGAACGAGGCAGUGAACCGGAGAACGUGGAUUAUGGAGUGUUCCGCAACUGCGAGAUGUUGUUUGUGCAGACCGAGGGCUCAAGUCUUAGCUUUGUCUUUGAAGUCUCGGAUCCAGCAAAUCCAAGCUACCUCCAGGCCCUCCCUGCCAUCAAGUCUCCCCAGCGAGGCAUCACCAUUCCGCGCAGGAGCCUAUAUGUCACAGCUUCGGACGGGUCGGACAUCCCAAAUGACAUCCGGUCCGGCAUCAACAUCUAUGAGUGCCAGUACGAAGAGUAUCCGACCUUGGAGUCCAACGACACUGAGGAUGGCCUUCCCAUCCCAUGGGGCUCCAUCGCCGGCCUCACUGGAGAGAUGGAGACGAACGGCCAGCUCUGGGCUGUGGAGGGCAAGUUCUUCGCACAUCCGCAGAUUCUUCGCAUCGUAACCGACGCUCCGCUUCGCGAGGGCGAGUGUGCGGGCGAGUGGCCGGGCCCCCCGCUAAUCGUAGAGAACAUCAGCAUUACCAACGAUCAGGGCGAAUUUGCCGAAGGUUUGGACCUUGUGGGGAUUGACCUCAUCCCCGCUGGUAACAUCCUCACCGAUGGCGGCGUCUGGAUCAUGGCUAAUAGCGGAGUUGUUGGUUUUUGGAAGGAUAGUGGAUUCCUCUUAAAAUGA